GUCCAUAAUGAUAAUAACAAUAAUAACAAUAAUAAAAAAGUGUGGUUUCAAAUAUCUUGGCGCAGAGAUAUGAUUCAGAAACCGAAAAAAGGAGUGACAGUGCAUGUCAACGUUUGGGUUUUGGCAGACCAGACCUCUUUACAAUCUCUGCACACUUCCAAUGACACGACUCGACUCGACUCGACUCACACCCAGAACAUGAACAACAAGAUUAAUUAAUCUCUUAUCAAAAUAUUUACCAGUUUUCUUUCCUCACUAAAAGCCAAUUCUGCGUAACAGUUGCCUUUCUCGCUUCCAACCAUCUUCUUUAAUUCUUCCUCUUUUCUUUCCCCCCGCCCUCUUUUAAUUUUAAUCCACUUUAUUUAUCUUCGAAAUCAUAUGCUCUUUCUCUUCCUUCCUCCUUCCCCCCUUUCUUCUCUUCUCUGUCUUUUCUAAUUUUCCCGGCCACUUCUGUUUACCGGUCAUGUCAACGCCGGCGAGGACCAAGAGCUGGAAUGGCAACGUGGAUAAGCAUUACCCACCGGCGCUGGCCACCCAUGAUGAAGUUAUUUCUGACCCCAUUGUGUUUUGGGACACUUUGAGGCGUUUUCAUUUUGUGAUGAACACCAAGUUCAUGAUUCCUGUGAUCGGAGGGAAGGAGCUAGACUUGCAUGUUUUGUAUUCAGAGGUUACAAGGAGGGGCGGCCAUGAAAAGGUUGUUGCAGAGAAGAAAUGGAGGGAAGUUGGAGGUAUAUUUAAGUUUUCUCCUACGACCACAAGUGCUUCGUUUGUAUUGAGAAAACACUAUCUAAGUCUUCUGUACCAUUAUGAGCAAGUUUACUUGUUCGGCCGGCAGGGCCCCAUCUGUGCCCCUCAAGGUCCCUUUUUGUUCUCCCCUUCCAUUUUUCCUUUUUUACUUUAUCCGUUAUUUUCCAUAUCGGAUUUUGCUGUAAAUCUGAGUUGGGUUUUGUCCUUUUCUUCUUCUACAGCGCCAUUAUCUUUUGGUAGCCCUACGAGGGACAGCGAAUUGGCUAUGGUGGAAUAUACUCCCAAAACAACGUCGUUUUCGCCUGCGGAAGUUACUGGAACAAUUGAUGGGAAAUUCGACUGUGGUUACCUAGUGACUGUGAAAUUGGGAUCCGAGGUUCUUAGAGGAGUACUUUACCAUCCAGAUCAGCCAGUCCCGUCUGAUCUACGUCCUCAGUCUACAAAUGCCAUUAUACCUUACACUGGUGGCAGACAGAGACACGUUGGUCGACGACACCGGAGACGCCGGAGAAAGGCAGACCCUAACCACCCAAAACCGAAUAGAAGUGGGUACAAUUUCUUCUUUGCAGAGAAGCAUUACAAGCUCAAAUCUCUGUACCCAAACAGAGAGAGGGAGUUCACCAAGAUGAUUGGAGAGUCUUGGAACAAACUAAGUCCUGAAGAAAGGAUGGUUUAUCAAAACAUUGGGCUGAAAGACAAGGAAAGAUACAAGAGAGAGUUGAAAGAGUACAAGGAGAAAAUGAGGCAGGCAACUGCUGAUAUUCAGGCAACUAACUGUUCAAAACGUGGAGAGUAACAAAGAAGGAAGAGAAUUCAGCAGUUUAGGUCUUUUUUUGGGUCUCUUAUCAAGUUAUAUGAUAUAUAAACUUUGUAUCAUAUCCUUCUAACUUUACAUGGCAAAUCAUAGGUUCUUAUAUCCAAGUGCUUGGCCUCAAACUGUGCUGCUACACACUACAAUGUCACUAUUGGAACUCUCAUACUAUGCUGCUACACACUAGAUUCUUAGAACUUUCAACUUUGAAAUGACAGAGGAAUGUGCCCUUUUAACUUCGUUUUUGUUUCUUAUUCCAUCAGUGGUCAUGAUGGAGCCAACCAAGUGAGCCUUAGAGAGAGGCUUCUUCUGUGUCAUGUGCUACAAUAUUCGAAUAUUAACCAACAUGGUUUAAAAGAAAGUAAACAAAGGCACAGAAGCAAAUGAGUGAAUGUUAGAAACAGUUGAUCAUAUAUGCAUAAGAACGUUAGAAUUUUCAUCAACUGAGUCAUGUAAUGAUCAUUAGAAUAUCUCUUUAAGUGAGAAAGCCACUUCUGCGAUCGGAUUAGGCCAAGAGCCUUUCACUUCAAACCUUGCAGCCUCUCUUAAGAGGGGCAGUGGCAUUCCCUUUUGCUAAAUCAGAAAUUGCCCUUUUGUUGGGUA